AUCACCAAAACACAGACAAGUUGGAUUGGCAGCGACACUAUUACGAUAUUUUCCCGCAUUUUUCCCCGGAAAAAAGUCGACAAAAUGGCACGCCAAACCAUGGACAACGCCUACAUGAACAGUUGGUCAGAACGAGUCGAAAAGGAACUGAGAGACAGACUAAAAUGGCACAAGAAAUAUAGCAAGGCGUUCGCAGAAGAUGGUGGCCAAACUAUCAGCGAUCCACAGGCCGAGACAAUAAGACGGUAUGUGAAGCGGCAGCUGAAUGUGCCUCCGCCUGUGCCAACGCCGCCAAAGACACGGCUCAGCGAUCAGAUUAAGGCAGACAGAAAGAAACAAGAAGAUUUAGAAUCGACAAUAGCAGAGAAAAAAGUGGAUGUCGACAAAUUAUUUGAAGAUAUGCGUCCAGCGAGUAGAGCAACACAGGCUCUGCUAUAUAAAGGAUUCAGCAAGAUCGGAGAAGGGCGACACAGUUACCUGGAAGCAAGAAAAAACAAGGGUCCUGAACAGAAAUAUAAAUUCCCUUUGACUGGUAACUGGGAGUAUGGAUGGAAUAUAAACAAAGAGAUCGGCGAGUACAAGCCCCCAACACACGGCAGGUCUCAUAUAAUACAGGAAUCAUUCUACAGAACAAACGGAGCCACACUUCUUUAAUUUAACAGAUUAUUUACACUCUGACGUCAUAUUUUCACUUUUAACAUUCAUUAGGCGUUGAGGGGGGUACUUCUACAGGGUCAAAGUUGCAUUGGUCAUAAAACGAAAAUAUGGCCAUCUAAUUUUUAGAUCGCUGUAUAAUUCAUACAAUUAAACCUGAAAAUAGAAGACAUUGAUUUAUGAAUUCAUUGACAAUCUAUGGCUUUUUAUUUUGAAAAAAAAAAACUUAUUGCGGAUCAACACACAACAUGUUUAUGAACACCGCCUUAGUUGCAACCGUCCUUCAAGAGACAAAAGAAGUUACGCGAAUAGUGAGUGCAUAAAAAGAUUGUUUUUGUCCGUCCAUAUCAACCAGUAUUACGCACAUACCAAGCCCAAAACCAAGUAAACGGCGUUUAGACUUCCAAACAUUUCCGCAAUAAACUCAAUUUGAUUGUUAGACACACAUGUCAGGCCAUUAUGCGCUAUCAUUUGACACGCGUGAAAGGGCCCGAAAAGUCCAGCUACCAUUUUUGUAUGUGUAAAUUCAAGAAGUAUUAUUUUUGAAUCAUGUAUUUAAUAUGCAGAUUAGAAUCAAAUAAUAUAUUCUGAAAA